AGCUAAUCUGAAAAUAAGGGUCCUUCAAGUUCAACGGCGCAUAUUUUGGUUUCACCGCACGUCUGCCAAGGAAGGAGACUGAUGGCACCAGUGAUCACAUGAUGUUGCGUCCCUCCCCGACCCCCAUCUACACUCUUAGGGGGGCUGCGGCACCCCUCAAUACCCUGCACUUCAGUUGCCAGCAGGGGACUCAGCCACUCCUGUACUCUGGGUCAGGCAAGGGGUCGAUCCACGUGUGGAACCUGGACUCCAGGCGGGCGGAGACGGUUCUGGAUGGCCACUCCGGGAGCUCCGUCAUCUGGGUCAGCACACUGCAGUCCACAGGGGCUCUGCUCAGUCAGGGGCGGGACAUGCGUGUGUGUCUGUGGGACCUGAGCGAGGGCCGUGCGGAGGUCUCCGAGUCGCUGUGGAUGGGCAGCGUGGGCUUCUGCCAGUGCUCCACGCUGGAGACGGGCCAGGGAGCCUGGCUGCUGGCCUGCCCCGGGGAGCAGACUGAGGAGAUCAAGAUAUUUGCAUUACCCGGGAAGACUCUGGUGUGCUCGCUGCUUCCCAGGGCCAAGCUGGGGAUGGUCAUGUGUCUCCAACUGUGGCAGCCAGACGCGGGCCCCGGGCCGCUCCUGUUGGCGGGCUAUGAGGACGGGUCUUUGCUGCUGUGGGACGUGGCCCAGAGGUCCGUCCUCAGCCAGGCCUCCGCGACUCUCCCCGAGCCCCUCAUGUGCCUCGCCUUCGACCCGCAGCGACUGAAGGGUGUGGCCGGCUCCUCGGACAAGACCCUCCAGCCCUGGGUUCUGGACCAGAACAAGAACCUGCAGCUCACGGACCCCGUGACUCUGGUCAACCCUGGGGUCUCCCAGCUGUGUAUCCGUGGAGACGGUAAACUCCUAGCGUCGGCUGGCUGGGACCACCGCGUGCGUGUGUUCGGCUGGAAGAAGCUGCGGCCGCUUGCAGUGCUGCAGCACCACACCGACAUGGUGCUCGGUGUGGCCUUCUCGGACCACCAGGACCCCCGGCAGAGGCUCCUGGCAGCGGGCUCCAAGGACCAGCGCAUCAGCCUCUGGUCCAUAUACAAUGAAGGGGCGGACACUGGUUGAGGACUCGGUACCCUGGGGGUGAACAUUAAGGGCUGAAUUUUUUUCGGGGAGUCCUUAAUUACUUCAACACCAAUGCUUGACUUGAUUGGACACUGGAGUGUGGCAUUUCAUCACCUGUCAUUAAGCGUGAAUAGCACUUGAUUGUUUGAUUGAUCAAUGGUGUUUUGAUGAUGUGUUUUUUAUUUAAUUUUUUUUUACAUCAAGUACCCUUCAUCAAAAUUGGUUUAUGUUUUAUAAGUGUUGCAUUAUACAUUAUAGUGGGCAAAGGAAUGCAUUAAUUAACCCAUAUGUGAAUAAGCUGGACUUUUCAAUCCCUGAAAUGAAUCAUUGUGUAUCCAUAAGACACUGGCUGGACUUUGUCUGAAAAUCAAUAAAACAAGUUUU